AUGAACUGGGCCCGUUGUCACCUCCUGUCUGUGUUCCUAGUUGUUUCACUGAACCCCUCAGGUAAGAGCAGAAUUAUCGGGGGUCAUGAAGUCAAGCGCCACUCGCGCCAGUUCCAAGCUUCUCUUCAGCAUGACAGACAUCACUUCUGUGGAGGGACCCUCAUCCACGAGCAGUGGGUGGUGUCUGCCGCCCACUGCUGGAGGCCGAAGCACCUGAUGCAGGUGGUCCUGGGUGAGCACGAUCUCUACAAAGUGGAAGGAGUGGAGCAGCGCUUCAACGUCAGCCUCAUCCUCAGACACAGACGUUACAUGUACUGGUCCUUUGACAACGACAUCAUGCUGCUGAAGUUGGAUGAACCAGCCAGAAUCAAUUCAGUGGUGGCUCCGGCCGCUCUGCCGGACCCGCGCGCUCCAGCCCUGGCCGACCUCAGCACCUGCGGUGUGAGCGGGUGGGGCGUGACGCGGCUGUUCAGCUCCAGGCUCUCGCCCGUCCUGAGGGAAGUGGACGUGCAAAUCUUCACCAAGUGUUGGCGCUACUACUACUUCCGGAUCACGGAGAACAUGGUGUGCGCCGGCUACCCCUCUGGAGGGAAGGACUCCUGCCAGGGUGACUCUGGCGGGCCGCUGGUGUGCAACGGCAGAUUUGAGGGGAUUGUGUCCUGGGGCAUCGGCUGUGCGUACCCCUACUUUCCAGGCGUGUACACCAAGGUCAGACGCUACGUGGACUGGAUGAACGAAGCCAUCCAGACUAGAUAGGACCAGUGAAGACAUCCCGGGGCUAAUGUUGCUGGCUGUUGUACA